UGGCCGCGCCGGGGCUGGGGCUGGGGCCUCACUUCGGGAGGCGAUGGGCGCUGCCGCGGGUGCUGCCGCGCUGCUGCGGGCCCUGCUGCUCCUCGGGGCGCUGCGCUCGGCCCCUGCCCUCAGCCUCCUGCAGGACCUCCCCGCCACGUACAAGGGACCCCCCGGCAGCUAUUUCGGCUUCUCCCUGGAUUUCCACACGGCCCGGGGCAGUUCCAGCGUGGCGGUGGGGGCCCCCCGCGCCAACACCUCCCAGCCCGGCGUGGCGCAGCCCGGCGCCGUUUUCCUCUGCCCCUGGCCCCCCAGCGGGACCCCCUGCGACCCCGUCCCCAUCGACACCACGGGAGACGAGAGCGAGGCGCAGGGCACCCUGGAGCUGCGCACCUACAAAUCGCACCAGUGGCUGGGCGCGUCCGUCACCAGCUGGCAGGGCAGGCUCGUGGCCUGCGCCCCGCUGCAGCACUGGAACGCGCUGGACGGGCAGCACGAGGCGUUCCGCACCCCGACCGGCGCCUGCUUCGUGAGUGCUCCCGGCCCGCUGCGCCUCGCCUGGUACUCGCCCUGCCGCGACCACCUCAUGGCCGGCGCCUACCGGGACAGCAACUACGCCUAUGACAAGCGGUACUGCGAGAUCGGCUUCAGCGCAGCCGUCACCCGGGAUGGGACACUGGUUCUGGGUGCCCCCGGCGGGUACUACUUCAUGGGGCUCCUGUACUCAGUGGGAAUCGAUGCCAUCCUCACCCGCUUCCACGGCAAGUCCCUGCUGUGGCUGGAGCAACCAGGACGCCCCACAGAGGAGCCGGUGUCCUUUGACUACGAGGAUGGGUAUCGGGGGUACUCUGUGGCUGUGGGCGAGUUCGAUGGCAAUCCCAAAACCAAAGAGUACGUGGUGGGGGUCCCCAACAAGAGCAACACGAGGGGUGAGGUGGAGAUCUUCAGUGUGGGAGUGACCCUGCGCCAGCUGCGGGGCAUCACCAGCGAGCAGGUGGCAUCGUACUUCGGGCACACAGUGGCCGUGGCCGACAUCAAUGGGGAUGGGCAGGAUGACGUGCUGGUGGGUGCCCCCCUGUUCAUGGCCCGGCGCCCCGACGGACAGCGCAGCGAGCUGGGGCGCCUCUACCUGUACCUGGGGGGGCUGCAGCGGCCCCUCUCCCAGUCCCCCCAGACCCUGACGGGCACCCACCCCUACGGCCGCUUCGCCGCCGCCAUCGCCAGCCUCGGAGACCAGGACAAGGACGGCUUCGGCGACGUGGCCGUGGGUGCCCCCUUCGGGGGUGACGGUGGCAGCGGGCAGGUCUUCAUCUUCCGCGGGCAGAGCGAGGGGUUGGAGCCGCUGCCCACCCAGCGCCUCGACAGCCCCUUCCCCGGCCCGGCCGCCUUCGGCUUCGCCCUGCGCGGGGCCACCGACCUCGAUGGCAACGGCUACUCAGAUCUGCUGGUGGGCGCUUACGGCGCAGCUCAAGUGGCCGUGUACCGGGGACAGCCCGUGGUGGUGGCCCGGACCCAGCUGAGCGUCCCUGAUGGGCUGAACCCCGAGGUCCUGGCGUGUGUCCUGCCCGGUUUCGGCACCGGUGUCAGCUGCUUCCCCGUGGUGCUCUGUGUCAGCGUGACGGGCCAGAGCAUCCCGCAGCACAUCCGCCUCGAGGCCGAGCUGCAGCUGGACCGGCUGAAGCCCCGGCUGUCCCGGAGGGUGCUGCUGCUGCGGGGUCACCAGGCGUCCUGGCACGAGGAGCUGGAGCUGGACACGGGAGCACCCCCCGUGUGCCGCAACCUCACCGCGUACCUGCGGGACGAGGCCGACUUCAAGGACAAGCUGAGCCCGGUGGUGCUGAGCCUGAGCCUGGCGCUGCCCGAGGGGGCCCCGGGGCUGGUGCUCUAUGGGGACACCCUGGUGCAGGCGCAGACCCAUAUCAUCCUGGAGGACUGUGGCGAGGACAACCUCUGCGUCCCUGACCUCCUUCUGGCCGCGGAGACGCCCAGCCGGCGCCUGCUCAUCGGGGCCGAGGCCAUGCUGCUGCUUCGCGCCAACACCAGCAACAGGGGCGAAGGCGCCUUUGAGGCUGAGCUGCGGGUGCUGCUGCCCCCCGGCACCCACUAUCAGGCUGCCCGGAGCAGCAUCCCGGGGCAGGAGAAACUGAGCUGCAACCUCAGGAAGGAGAACGGGACCCACAUGGUGCUCUGUGAGUUGGGCAACCCCAUGAAAGCAGGUGCCCAGAUAACUGUGGACAUGGAGCUGAGCGUGUCCGGGCUGGAGGACAUGGGGGAUGCCAUCACCUUCCAGCUGCAGCUGCGGAGCAAGAACAGCCCCAGCACCACCAACACAUCGGUGACAGUGAUGGUGCCUGUGGAGGCACAGGCAGAGAUGGAGCUGCGAGGCAACUCCCUACCGGCCACCACGGUGCUGCCCGUGAGCUGGCGCUGGGCCGAGGGCAGCCGGCGGCUCGAGGACCAUGGCAUCAAGGUGGAGCACGUCUACCAGCUCCACAACAAAGGUCCCAGCACCGUCAGUGGGGUCACCCUGCACCUCGCCAUCCCCAUCCGGCUGGGGGGCCGCAUCCUGCUGUACCUGCUGGAGCUGGGCACUGAGGGGGGCAUGAACUGCACCAGCCCCCCCGGCCUCAAUGCUGAGCAGGUAGGAUGGCCCCGGGGUGGGGACCAGUGUCUCCCACUGGGGGCUGGGUGGGUGUCAAGGUGUGGGGGGGGUGUCCGUGUUCCCUUUAUCUCCUUCCAGCUGGAGAUCCCCCAUCCCACGGGCGCAGCACCCCGGAAUGGCUCACACCGGAGGGAGCGCCGGGACCUGGAGCAGCCGCCGGGAGAGGGGCUGGAAAAGCCCAUCCUGGUGGACUGCGGCAAUGCCACGUGUGUGGACAUCACCUGCUGGGUGCCUGGCCUGGCCAAAGACCAGCGGGCGCUGGUGAGCAUCCAUGCGCUGCUCUGGAUGGACACUCUGCAGCAGCGGGAGCACCUUCUGAAGCAGUUCCUCGUCCAGUCACAGGCUUGGUUCAACACCUUAGCCAUGCCCUACCGAGUCCAGCCCCGUAUCCUGCCCUCCGGGGAGGCCAUGGCUGUCACCAAGGUGAUGCGCACCAGCCCUGGCGGUGAGGGGACGGUGCCGGUGUCAUGGGUGGUGCUGGGGGUCCUUGCCGGGCUCCUGCUCCUCACCCUCCUCAUUCUCCUCAUGUGGAAGAUGGGUUUCUUCAAGAGAACACGGCCGCCUGCUGAGGACACGCAGGAGCUGGCGCCCAGCAAGGCUGAGGAGUUAGGGGGUGCCCAGGACUAAUGGGGUACCCCGGGACCCCCCUUCCUACCUGUCCCCAGCACCCCCACACUGCCCCCGGGCAAUAAAUCUCUGCCUGGCAUCA